UCAUUACAUAGUCAAUGAAGUGGUAUCCAGUUACCCACGUCACUUAUCAAAUUCAAAAUAAAACUCUCUGAUUGGUCAAUCGUACUGAUUACCCUAGGCACUGAUUGAUAUGAUUGGUCAUUUGCAACGUAGUCAAAUGGACUAAUAAUUACGAAUAGUUUGCAAUAUUUAUUGUUACAAUCUAUGCUUAUAGGAGCAUUUGCAAUGUUGUGAUAAGUGCUACAUGAGCACAAAUAUCCAGCGAAACAAGAAAAAAAAGGAAAAGUUUUAUACAGAAGUUACAUUUAAACUAAACGGUUUUAACUUCUUACAUUUGUUGACUAAUCAAAUUUAUAUAUAAUUUAUUUCGUUAAUUUACAAUAAUUCUAUGGAUAAUGGCCAUUAAUUUAGAUGCUAAAAUUGAAUUUAAAGAAUUGUGUAACAUUUUGGAAAAUGUUGCAAAGGCGCAAGGAAUAAAAAAGAAAGCGCAAAUCUUGCAAACAUUUAUCGAUAGAUGUCGAAAUAUUGGCAACAAACUGAAAACUGAAUAUCCCGAAACGGAUGUUUCGCUGUAUCCAAUAUUAAGAUUGAUAUUACCUCGUCUUGAUCGAGAGCGUGGACCACAUAAUCUGAAAGCUCCUUCAUUAGCAAGACUUUACGCUGAUGUACAUGGUUUUAUGAAAAACAGCGACAAUUAUAAAAAGUUAGCAAAUUACCGAGAACCUACGUCAGGCAAAUUCGUAGGAAAUGAUUUUGCUGACCGAGCUUACUGGAUUUUAAAUAAAAGAUUACCCAAAACAAGUACUGGCUUCACGAUUGCACGAAUGAAUUUAUUUCUCGAUGAUAUAUCGAAGAAAAAAGCAACAAUGCAAGACAAAAUUGAAACAUUUAAAGUACUUUUCCGACACAUCACGGGUUUCGAAAUGAAAUGGGUAACACGAAUUGUAGUUAAGGACCUACGACUUGGCAUAGGAACAAAACAGAUAUUGGACAUUUAUCAUCAAGAUGCGAAUGAAAAGUUUCUCGUGACGAAUGAUUUGCGUGAGAUUUGUAACCAGUUGCAUGACCCUAAAACGAAAAUAAAAUGCGGCAUACAAAUAUUUUCGCAUUUCAAACCGAUGCUCCUAGAGAGAUGUGACAUCGAGAAUAUCGAAAAGCUAUUUCGGGAUAAUGACUUGUACUAUGUACAAACUAAAUAUGAUGGCGAGAGGUCGCAACUUCAUAUGAAAGAUGGAAAAUUCAAAUAUUUUACGCGUAGAGGAUACGAUAUUACAAAAAAUUCUGGGUAUGGAGAAACCGGAUCUUCAGGUUUCUUGACCAGUGUGUUUACGCGACGUUUAAAUCCGAAUUGUCAUUCUUUUAUAUUGGACGGAGAAUUAAUAGGUUGGCAUAAAGAGAAAGGAAUAUUUGGCACGAAAGGUAUGAAUUUCGACGUCAAGAAUUUGUCGGCAAACAGUCGGCAUCAACCGUGUUUCAUUGCAUUCGAUGUUAUUUUACACAAUGACAUUUUACUUGUUGAUGUGCCUUAUAAAGAUCGACUAAAACUGCUCAAUGAUAUAUUCAUCGAAGAAGAAGGUUCUUUAAUUAUAUGUCGAUCUUCUUUAAUUUCGAAUAGGGAGGAAUUGAUAGAAGCAUUCGAUGAAUGCCUCCGUAAUGACGAAGAAGGGCUUGUUAUAAAGAAACAUGAUAUGAAAUAUAAACCGAAUGUCCGAGAUGGAGGCGGUUGUUAUAAGAUCAAAGCAGAGUAUUCUGAUAAUUUGGUACAAGAUGUAGACCUGAUUAUACUUGGCGGUUAUUACGGAGAGGGCAAAUAUACCGGAAUAAUUAAAAGCUUUGUGAUAGGCGUUGCCGCUCCAACAAAUAAUAAAGAAGAAUAUCCAUCGCGAUUUCUCGCUGUAGCAUCCGUAAGCAGUGGAAUACGGGAUCAAGAGUUGCGUAAUCUCCAAACAAAAUUUGCAUCACAUUGGAUUAAAGAAUGCCCUGAAAAUAUUACAGGCUUUAAGGGGAAACAGCCGGAUGUGUGGAUCCGUCCGGAAGAUUCUAUAAUCCUGACGAUACGAGCGACCGAAAUGAUACGCAGUAGUGAAUCUCCCAUUGGAUACAGUUUGCGAUUUCCUAGAGUUAUAGAUAUCAGAAUGGAUAAGCCAUGGUACAGUCAAUGCACUAGUUCCGAACUUUUGUUAUUAGUCAAAAACAAGGGAAUGAUUCAAAAAUUAACCAAGCGAGAAGCUACUUUGCGCGAUGUAGACGAGGCACCAGUACCUAAAUUACAAAAGACAAUAAGUCGAAAUAAACCAAUUGAGUAUAAUGUAUACAAAGAACGAAUAGUACCGCUUACGCGACUAUUAGAUGGAAAGGAAAUUUGUGUGAUAAAUGGUACCGAUGAAUUAGCGAAGGAGCAAAUUGAGGAAAUACUGCAGCAGCACAGCGCUAGAAUUGUUCAGAAUCCAAUGAAUACAACCUUCUGCGUGAUAGUAGGCAAUGACAGAACGAUACGAGGGAAGGAAAUGGUAAAUAGUGGAAAAUACGACGUUGUUACUUUGGACUGGUUUAAACGCGUUACCAAUCGAUCCGAUUGCGUGAUCUCAUUAGGUGACUUUUUGCCGUGGGAAUUAUUGUGUAGUCGAGAUAUAACUAAGCAUCGACUCGCGGAGAACUAUGACGAAUAUUAUGAUAAUUUUAUUGUCGACGCGGACGAAGAGACUUUGAAGCGUUCUUUCGACAAGAUUGGGAAACCGCUUGCGGAUCAGUUUACCGUUGAGCAAGAAAAAAAAAUGGACAAGGAAUUAUUCAAUGGGAAUGCAUCGCCUUAUUCACUGUUUAGAGAUAUAAUUGGAUUCUUCGAAAACCAAUCGUAUUGCGCUAAAUUUAAAUUCCGUUUCAUGUCAGGUACGAUUAAAGACAGUAUCGAUAAUUCCGUUACGCAUGUCUUUGUAGAGGGUAACGAAACAGAUACUGUGGGAAAUUUGAAAGCACAUGAUCUAGCGUCUGUAAAAAUCGUUAAAUGUAAAUGGAUCGAGGAAUGUUUCCAAAAUGGCCAAAUAUGUGAUAUUACAAACUAUCUGAUUGAUUAUUAGAUGUAUUAGAUGUACUUAAAAUAUACGUAAAAAUAAAUAUACCGAAAAAGAGUUUCAUAAUACGAA